AACAAAAUGGCUGCCAAUAAUAAUAUACCAUUAUCAGUUCUUACAUCUCAUGAUAUGCAUAAAGGUAGUCGUCGUUCCGCUGGUUUUCAUCCAAGCAUUUGGGGACACUAUUUUCUACCUUAUUCUACUCAAACCAAGGAAGCAAAUACACAAGAAUGUCAAGAGCAUCAACAACUAAAGGAAAAGGUGAAGAACAUACUUGUUGAAGCCCCACAAAUUUCUUCUCAAAAAUUAGAGUUGAUCAACAAGAUCCAACGUUUGGGGGUGAGCUAUCAAUUUGAAAAGGAGAUUGAAGCAACAUUGCAACUCAUUUUCAGGAGGUACUAUGAAUCGAAUAUCCAAGAAGAUGAUGAGAACGAUCUUUAUAUUGUUUCUUUGCGCUUUCGAUUACUUAGACAACAUGGUUAUCCUGUACCAUGUGGGGUUUUUGAAAAGUUCACUGGAUUUGAUGGAAAGUUCAAAGAAUCUGAUAAUGUGCAAGCAAUCAUAAAUUUGUACGAGGCAUCACAUCUUAGGGUGCACGGGGAGAAUAUUUUAGAUGAAGCAUUAAUAUUUUCCACUUUGUAUCUACAAUCCAUGCAACCAAACCUGACCAAUCACCUUAAAUCUCAAGUCAAUGAAGCACUAAAGCGGCCAAUUUGGAAAAGAUUAACGAGGAUAGAAGCAAAAAGAUACAUAUCAAUUUACGAAUUUGAUGAAUCACACGAUGUUGUACUGUUGAAAUUUGCAAAGUUGGACUUCAACAUGUUGCAGAAGGAACAUCAAUGGGAGAUAGGUUGUCUCACAAGAUGGGAUGCUAGUGCUAUAAAUGAAUUACCAGAAUAUAUGAGGGUUUGCUACAUUGCCCUUCUUGAUAUUUAUGCUCAAAUGGAGAGAGAAUUAGGCCCAAAAGGUCGAGCAUACCAAGUCAACUAUGCUAUAUCUGAGAUGAAAAAAUUAGUGGGAGCAUAUUAUGAAGAAGCUAAGUGGUUUCAUGACGGUAGUCCACCAAAUUUUGAAGAGUACAUGAAAAAUGCAAUUGCAUCAUCUGGUUAUAUGAUGGUAGCGACUUCUUCUUUAGCAGGCAUCCAUUAA